CGCCUCCCGGCCCGAGGUUCGGAGGCGCCCGGCUGCCCCCCGGCCGCCCCCCCGACUGCCCCCUGCUCCAAGGGGCGGUCCGGCGCCCUCCUCUGGGAGGGCCGGGCUCGGCGGAGCAAGGACGGGAAGGGACGGGACGGGACGGGACGGGACGGGACGGGACGCGGCGGAGAGCGGCGCGGAGCCAGCACUCUCCAUCCCUGCUGUGUGUGCGGGAUGAGCGCGGUGCUGCGGGGAGCCCUGCGGCGGCUGCGGCCCCCGCGCCGGCCCGGGCCCCUCUGCGCCCAGGGGCGUAAGGAAGCCUCAUCUCCUUCCUUAGGGAAAGACAGAGCAGACACAGUGAUCAUUGGAGGUGGUUGUGUUGGUGUGAGUCUAGCCUAUCACUUGGCUAAAGCUGGCUUGAAGGAUGUAGUCCUGCUAGAAAAAUCUGAGCUCACUGCAGGAUCUACCUGGCAUGCAGCUGGUUUAACUACUUAUUUUCAUCCUGGAAUAAACCUGAAGAAAAUCCAUUCUUACAGCAUCAAACUCUAUGAAAAGCUGGAAGAAGAGACAGGACAGCCUGUGGGGUUUCAUCAGCCUGGCAGUAUCAGAAUUGCUUCAACCCCUACUAGAGUGGAUGAAUUCAAAUACCAAAUGACUCGUGCUGGUUGGCACCCAACAGAGCAAUAUUUAAUCACGCCUGAGAAAGUGCAAGAACUAUUUCCCUUAUUGAACAUGGAUAAGGUUUUAGCUGGCCUGUAUAAUCCUGGAGAUGGUCAUAUAGAUCCUUAUUCUCUAACUAUGGCCUUGGCUGCAGGAGCCAGAAAAUACGGUGCUCAAUUAAAUUAUCCUGUGCAAGUGACUAAUCUGAACUCCCGAUCAGAUGGGACAUGGGAAGUUGAAACUCCACUUGGAAUAAUCCAAGCAAAGAGAAUUGUGAAUGCUGCAGGCUUCUGGGCCCGUGAUGUAGGCAAGAUGAUCGGCCUGCAACACCCUCUAAUACCUGUUCAUCAUCAGUAUGUUGUAACAUCAACUAUCCCAGAAGUGAAAGCCCUUAAAACGGAAUUGCCUGUGAUUCGUGACUUAGAAGGAUCAUAUUAUCUAAGGCAAGAAAGGGAUGGUCUUUUGUUUGGUCCAUACGAAAGUGAGGAGAAAAUGAAGCUCCAGGAGUCAUGGGUAACAAAUGGAGUCCCACCAGGAUUUGGAAAAGAACUUUUUGAGUCUGAUUUAGACAGAAUAAUGGAACAUAUUGAGGCUGCCAUGGAAAUGGUCCCCGUUUUGAGAAAAGCAGACAUCGUAAACACAAUUGCAGGUCCUAUCACCUAUUCCCCAGACAUUCUUCCUAUGGUGGGACCACAUCAGGGUGUCAGAAAUUACUGGGUAGCUAUUGGUUUCGGGUAUGGCAUUAUACAUGCUGGUGGCAUGGGAAAGUACCUCAGUGACUGGAUCCUUGAGGGGGAACCUCCAUUUGACCUGAUAGAAGUAGAUCCAAACCGCUAUGGAAAGUGGACCACCACAGAAUACACAGCAGCCAAAGCAAGAGAAUCUUACGGCUUUAAUAACAUUGUUGGUUACCCUAAAGAAGAAAGAUUUGCUGGGAGACCAACAGAGAGAACCAGUGGGCUUUAUGAUUUGUUAAAGUCAAAAUGUUCAAUGGGAUUCCAUGCAGGAUGGGAGCAACCUCAUUGGUUCUACAAACCUGGAGAUGAGACUGGAUACAAACCCAGUUUUCGGCGCACAAAUUGGUUUGACCCUGUGGGUCGUGAGUACAAACAGGUUAUGGAAAAAGUUGGUGUGAUUGACCUGUCACCAUUUGGCAAGUUUAAAGUAAAAGGCACAGAUUCUGUUAAACUGCUUGAUCAUCUAUUUGCAAAUGUUGUUCCGAAGGUGGGUUCCACAAAUAUAAGCCAUAUGUUAACACCAACAGGAAAAGUUUAUGCUGAGCUAACUGUCUCUCAACUGUAUCCUGGAGAAUUCAUGCUUGUAACUGGGUCAGGGUCAGAACUCCAUGAUCUAAGAUGGAUAGAAGACAAAAUAACAAGAGGUGGAUACAAGGCAGAAAUAGCAAACGUGACAGAUGAGAUGGGAGUACUUAGUGUAGCAGGUCCAUAUGCACGACAGGUCCUCCAGAAGUUGACAAAUGAAGACCUAAGUGAUGCUUCAUUUAAAUUUCUCCAGUGUAGACAUCUGAAACUUUCCAAUAUUGCUGUUACUGCCAUUAGGAUAUCUUACACAGGUGAAUUAGGCUGGGAGCUCUACCACAGAAAAGAAGAUUCUGUACCUCUUUACAAUGCAAUCAUGGAAGCUGGACAAAAAGAGGGGAUUGAUGACUUUGGGACAUAUGCUCUAAAUGCUUUGAGGCUGGAAAAGGGUUUCCGAGCCUGGGGAGCAGAGAUGAACUGUGACACUAAUCCCUUGGAAGCUGGACUGGAGUAUUUGUAAAGCUAAACAAGGCAGCAGACUUUACAGGAAAACAAGCACUGAAGCAGAUUAAAGAAAAGGGGCUCAAACGACGACUGAUAUAUCUCACACUGGAAACAGAUAAUGUUGAUC